CGACGCUCCAUCCACUGAGCCAAACCGGUUAGGGCACACAACUGCACCUUUCAUGUCAAUCGCCUGGCAGGCGAUUCCCCGGUUGUUCCAAACCUCCGAGGCUCCGCCCCUUACGUCGCUCGCGGAGACCGAGCGAGCGUGCGUGUGCACGUUGGCGUGUGCACGUUGGCGUGUGCGCGCGCGGGCGGGCGGGCGUCGGAGGUAGGGGUAGGCGGGGUCACCCGGGGCUGGCCUCGCGCGUUAGCCCGGCCCCGCGCGCUCUGACCCGGCCCCUCGGGCCUCCGCGGGGCGCUGCGGGGCGAUUCCCGCCUCCCCUUUAGCAAAGCCUCCAGGUCAGUCACCGUUUGCGCCCUUUCCUCAGAAGGAAGAGCACCUCGGUCCUUCGCGUCGCUGACUGCGGCCUCGGGUGCCCGGUCCCCGCAGCCGGCACUCCCUUCGGGUCCCGGGGCGCCUUCCGUGGAUUUUUCCCCCGGGGUGUCGGUUAUUGAGUUUGAUGACUAAUGCCUGCUGCCUAAAGAUUGAAGGUAUGAGGCAAGACUUCCCAUUACUACUUAAUCAAGAGGAAUUAAGUUUGAAACAUACUCUCUUAAAGAGACUUUGGGAACAAGAAGUGUUCAGGUAGGUUCCUCUGUCAGACUCACAGGAUGCUGGCCAUUGAUCUUUCUCCUUGUGACUUUUUCUGUCUUCAUGAAAAGAAGCCCAAGGGGGAAAAGAUUAUCACUAGAUGUCUGACACAUUAUUCUCAGAACUCUGCCAGGUGAGGAGGGAGACACAGAAAGGGAAGAAUGGGUGCAGGAUUGCUGACAUCUUGGUCACAGGACUUGGUGACCUUUGAGGAAGUGGCGGUGGACUUCUCCCAGGAGGAGUGGGCACUCCUGAACUCUGCUUAGAAAAUCCUGUACAGAGAUGUGAUGAUGGAGAACUUUAGGAACCUGGCCUCCGUGGUUUCAGGCUGGGCUACUCAACUUAAAUCAAAACAUGCAAUUCCUAUGCAGAAUGUUCCUGAAGAAAAAACUUCUAAUGGCAUAAAAAUGGCACCAACUCACCCUGGUGAGAAACCUUUGGAAUUUGAUCACUAUGGAAAAUUCUUCAGAAAGAACUGUCACCUUAUUUGUACAAGAUAUUGCAAGGGACAGAAAUGCUACAAAUAUAAAGAAUACAGGAAAGGUUUUGACCAUUUCUUAACUCUUAGGAGUUAUAUGAGUACUCAUUCUGAAGACAACAUUUCUGAAUUUAUUGACUGUAGCAGAGUUUUCAAUCUAGAGUCAUCCUAUAGGGGACACUCAAGAACUCUCACAGGAGAGAAAUCUUCUGAGUGUAAUCAAUGUCUUCUGUCCUUCAGAUUACACUCUUCCUUUUCAGGACAUGUGCAAAACCCUAUUGGAGAGAAACUCCGCGAAUGCAGUGACUAUGGACAAAGACCUUCCCUUAGGGUGCACAAAAUCUCAUGUACUGAGAAGGGAAGCUCAAAAUGUGAUAAACGUGGGAAGGUUUUUACUGGCCCCUUGUCCCUUCAGAACUGUGGGAGACUUCACACUGCAGAGAAACCUUAUGAAUGUAGUGACUGUGGGAAAAUAUUUAUUUUUCACUCUUCCCUUAAGAAACAUGUGAGAUCACACACUGGAGAGAAGCCUUAUGAAUGUAAUCAUUGUGGAAAAUUCUUCAGCCAGAGCUCUCAUCUUAAUGUGCACAAAAGAACUCACACUGGAGAGAAACCCUAUGACUGUAAGGAAUGUGGCAAGGCUUUCACUGUUCCUUUCUCCCUCCAAAAACAUAUGAGAACCCACACUGGAGAGAAGCCCUAUGAAUGCAGCGACUGUGGGAAAGCCUUUAUUGAUCAGUCAUCCCUUAAGAAACAUCGACGCUCUCACACUGGAGAGAAACCUUAUGAGUGUGAUCAAUGUGGAAAAUCCUUCAGCUCGGGCUCUUAUCUUAUUGUGCACAAGAGAAUGCACACUGGAGAGAAAACCUAUGAAUGUAGAGAAUGUGGGAAGGCCUUUAGGAAUUCCUCUUGCCUGCGGGUACAUGUGAGAACUCACACAGGAGAAAAGCCCUAUAAAUGUAUUCACUGUGGAAAAGCAUUCAGCACCAGUACUAACCUUAUAAUGCACAAGCGAAUACAUACUGAGCAAAAACUUUAAGAAUGAAAUGACUACAGGCUAGCUUUAAGUGGUCCUUCACACCUCAUUCCUCACUCUAGAACUCACACUGGAGAGAAACCUCAUUGUGACCAAUGGUGAAAGCCUUUAGGCACAACUCUCAACUUACCUUAUACAGGGAGCAACCUUGUAAGUGUUACAGUUCUGUGGUUGUCUUUAUCAGUGAGUGUUUCAUCCUUAAAGUUUGUCAACUCAUUAAUCGAGUAUUAAAUGUAAUGUAGCAUUCUAAAUUUCCCUUGAUUUACAUCACAAAAGUUUUGAUAGAUAAUGUUUUCAUUGUAAUUGAGUACCAGUUCUCAUCAAGAUGUCUUGGAUCUAUACAAGAUUCUUGGAUUUAGAAAUGAGUUUUAAUGUGAAAACUCUGCAUAUUUUAAUUAUCUUUUAGUUAUAGAUUUCUAAUUUAAUUACAUUGUGCACUCAAUAUAUGGUCUUCAUGAUAUAGAUUCUAAAUGACACAUAUUCAGAUAGAAAAUUGUUGGAGAUUUGCUUUGUGGCCUAAUGUAUCAGAUAGAAUCAGUUGCUGUCCCGUUUUCAUUGCUCCCUUCCUUCCUUAAAGUAACAGAACUACAAUUGUGUUCAAGUUGGCAGUGUGGACAGUUUGAUAAGGAAUCAUCUAGCUUUCCUUGCAGCUAUGAGUGCCCAUGAGCCCAUAGUCCUGGCCAAUGAGAAAGAGUGAGAGCUGCUCCUGGGUUUUAAAGAAACCCAUGGAAAUGGGAGCAUCUCAUCUGGUAUUUUCUCUUAACAUUUUCCAUUUAUCUUAUCUCUUCUUCUUUCUUAGGAAAUAAACCAAAGGGAUAGCAGUCAUAGGCUACUGAUUAUACAUACAAUAGUAUUUGGCUGUACCAACCCUGGGUUGUUUAUUUCUGGACUUCAUGUAACAUGAAAAAAUAAUAAUAAGCUCCAAACUGGAUUAAACCACUCUUGUGGGAAGAUUCUGUUACAAUGGAUUUCACUCUCAAUUGAUAGAUCUCAUAUGUGGCCAGGUUUUAUGAAUCCUUCAAGUAUAGUUGAAAACAAUCUAUAUUCUGUGAUCAUCAGGUAUAAUAGAUUUAUCUGAUAGAUAAAUCUUACUCUGUUUAUUAAAUCUGUAUCGUUACAAACCUUAUCUCCUGGUCAACCAGUGGUUGCUGGUACCAUUAUGCCAAUAGGAAUUCCCAGUUUGGGGUAUAGCAAAGAAGGAAAAUUUAGUAUAAAACAGUUCCAUUGUGAAACAGCACAGCUAUGGAAUACCUUACUACUGUUAUACCUCAAUUAUGAAGUAGCAGGACAGCAUGGCUAUGAAGAGGCUCUGGGCUAGGUGGCCCUGGGGCAAGGCCCUGCUUUGGCUAGGCAGCUCUGUCCUGCUCUGUUCUACCUCACUCAGCCCCUGUGCUGAUAUGCUCGGCUCUGCUCCAGUGAGACACUUUCCAGGAUUUAGCUCCAGCAAGUCUUGUCUUCAGGGGAACAGGGAAGUGUCCUCCUCCCAGAGGCAGAGGGGAGUUGACUUACAUAGACAGGAGUCCCUGUCCCUGGUCCUUGAUUGAUCUGCCCUUAUGCAAAGGAGGACUCCAAAUCCUUGCAGUUUUACUGGUCUAAAAAGCACUGUCCUGACUGGUCACAAGGGAGCUAUUCUGAUUGGUCAGUGAAGAUGUUGAUGAAUAUGGCUGCAUAGCUCCUAUUGGAUGGGAAAACCUCAGUCCUAUUGGUUGAAAUAGGACUCCAGGAAUUCCUCUGUGAGGACUGGCUUGCAGAAACAGUGCAGGAAGGCAGUCCAGUGCAGAGGCAGGCAGCUUAAUGUAGGUUUCUCCCUAAAGUGUGGUUUGUGUGAGAGAACUCUGUAUAGAAAUGGCUGCUAGGCUCUGUUUAAAAAAUCAAGCCCAGUUAAGCCACCAGGAGCCCUUCUUAGGAGGUAUCUUCUUUCUUAGGGUCCACACAACUUACCCUCAAGUAGUUCACCAAAAAAUGUAUGUCUUUAUCUAGAGAGGGAGCCAACACGUAAAAUGCUAAAAUGGAUAAAUUUACUUUAGUCCUGGGCCAGUUGUGGGAUAGGCACAGAAUCAGCAAGGAAGUGUGCGCUCCUGUGGAUUGGCUGUGGGCAACAGAUUGGAAAGUGCAUGCAUAGAUAAGUGGAAGCUCCUGGGGUUCAACGGUGCCUGGCUAUUCUCUCUUUUGUUUAGUAGUGGAAAUAGCCAUGUGGAAGUUAAUCUAAAGUUCCAACAGACAGACAGGAAUGUGGGCAGCCUUUUGUCAGAGCUGGCCCACAGCUAUUAACAGGCUUACUAUUUUGUCUUUUUCUCUCAUUCUCUGGUGUUGUAAUUUAAUUUAGAGCAUCUCAAUUUUUUUCUUGAUUUCAGAGUUAGGAAUUGCUUCCUGAGGGAUGUGUUAAAUGUUACAAGGACCCUGGACCCUCAGAAUCAGAUUGCAAAAAAAAAAAAUCAAGUGAAUGAGAGAGGUCCCUAUUUCUAGAAAGAGGCAUUGCAGUGACAAUUUCAUUAGUGACAUUGCUACUGUAAAAUCAAGCAUUUUGAAAAUAUCCCUUAGUAUUUCUUGGGUACAUGAUGUCACUGCUGACCUCAACGAGAACAAAUGUGAUGGAGGCAGAAAGAUGCCAGAUGAGUUGAAGAGAGUGGCAAUGGAAAGUAUAGACCUUUUUUUUUUUUAAUCCACCAAGUAAAUUUGAAGAACUAAUAGGCUUUAUUGAGUAAUAAAGGAAUCAGCCAGCAUCCCAUCAAACAACCAGAAGGGUUGUACAAGUGGAGGUUUUAUUAGGAAAAAGGGUGGGGCAAAUGAGUCAUUAGCAAAAAGGGGGGGAGGUAUUUUAAGCCAAGCCAUCUUCUUUUGGGAGAAGGGAACUGCAAAGUCUAACUAUCAAGGUCUUAACACAAGUGACCCCAUUUUAGGCCUGUGGUUUUCUCAUUAAUAGCCGAAAUAUCCAAAAAUUUGGAACAAUACCCAAAGAAAAAUGUUUCAUUUUCAUUGAAAGAUAGGGGAAUAUAGAAGAUUCCUAUGACAUUAGACAUAAUAAUGCAUGCAAACUUUGGGAAAAAACUGGAUAAGGAAGGAAAAAGUGAUAGUGUAAAUUCCCUGGAACGUUCAGAAGAGAUGGAAUAAUUAUACAAAUAAUUAUUGAAUAACAGUGGUAGCUAAUGUUGUGAUGGCAUAGUUUCCAAUGAGAGCAUAUAUCCAGUGAGGCCCUAUAACUGAGAACUGAAGAAUCCUGGGUGAGAUUCAGCCAAGCAUCAGCUUGUCUAACUGCCAAUUCGCGAAGCAGCAACUUCUUCUCAUUCUAUACAAUUACUUUAUUUACACUGCCACCCAUGCAGACUGAUGGACACCAGAUCAGUAUAAUUGACCUCUGAGAUAAUAGGUCCUGUAGACCCCUCAACUCAAAAUUAAACUGACAUUUUAUCCUCCUAAAAUGUUGCUUUUCCUUUUAUUACCAUCGCUGUAAAAGCUACACCAUUAACUCUAGCACCCAUACAGUUGUUUCCAUGGGUUCUCAAUCAGGCUGAGUUUCCCCAUGCAGGACAAUUGGCAAUGUCUGGAGAUGUUUCUGGUUGUAACAGUACAGAGUUGGCAUCUAGUGGGUAGUCCACAGGAACCUCUUAAAAAUCUCACAGAACAUGAGACAGCUACUCACAAAUAAUUUUAUAGACCAGAAUGUCAAUAUUGUCAUGGAUUAGAAAUGCUAAUAGACUCUUGAGAACUAAUGUUAAAAUUUUUAUCUAAAAAAUCCCAGCGAUUGUCUAUUAUUUUAUAAUG